AUGCCGCUGCUUGGUGCGGACGCGGACCUCAACGCGUUCUACAGUUCCCAGGUGCAGCGUUCGGGCGCGAACGACCCGGAAAACGCGAUUUUCGCACAGAUGCUGAACGCGCAGGAACCUGCAUCCGUCGACUCGGCCGAGCACAGUCUGCCGGACGACGCCGGACCCCCGGCGACACUGAAGGCACCGUACACGAAGGUCCCGGACGAGCAGAAAGAGAACGGCUACAAGUGGGCCCACGAAGCGCCCAAACCGACGACCCGGAUAAAUGUGAAAAAACAGCCUCCGUACAACUCCUGGCGGUACCGGGAGGCGAUGUUGAACGCACAGAAACUGCUGAAAGAGGCCCAGCGACGGCAGAAGGCGUUUGGCGUAUCGGCGGAGGAAGCGAAGGAGAUGGUCGUGAACGGGCCGAUCAAUCAAAUCUGGCGUAAGGUGAUUCCCGCGGACGAGGCCGCCGGCAUAGACCUGGCAAAGAACGCGACCAAGGCGAAACCGCGCGCGGUGCCGCCGAGCAAACGGGCGGACGGGUCCAUGUCGUUUGAAGACUUAAGGGAGGAGUACCCCCGAGGAAAUGUCCUCGAAGCGGACCUGGUGCACCCGAUAACGGACGAAGCGGAUUGGAUGCUCAGCGCGGGAAAGUACGGCGACCACUACUUUGACUUUUUGAAAACGCAACACGCGCAAAUUCUGUAGAUUGGUCAGGGGACAAAAUGCAGAUCUGCAGAAUGCAUCAUGUACCCUUGAUGCUUCGCAUCUUGGAUUUGGAGUCCAU